UGCAUCUGGCUGGAUUUCUGUAUAAAUUGGUGAUGCGGCUGCAGUGGUUCGUCAGUGAAGCAUUUGAUUUGGUCUAAUAAACAGCAGCCGAGUGCAAUCCGAGGAUUUAGCAACACCGAGGAUUACUGUGAGAUUGUGCCAAGUGCUAAAGUGAGUGCUUUGUGAACCGUGUGAAACCGCACCUAGAAUCCAUUACCCAUACGCACCGUUGACCCGUGACUGCGCAGCCAUGAAAGCCUUCAUCCUAAUGUCCUGCCUGGCGCUGGCCGCCGCUCGUCCCGAAGCGGGCUACAACUACAACCGUCCUGGUGGCGGCGGUGGCUCCGGCGGAGGCGGAUUCGGAGGUGGCUCCAGCGGAGGAUUCGGAGGCGGCUCCAGUGGAGGAUUCGGCGGUGGUUCCAGUGGAGGAUUCGGAGGCGGCUUCGGCGGCGGUAGCGGAGGAGGUGGUGGCUUCAGCAGCGGUGGCGGAGGAGGUGGUGGAUUCGGCGGUGGCUUCGGAGGCGGCUCCGGAGGCGGCGGAUUCGGCGGAGGUGGCAGCAUUGGCGGCUUCGGAGGCGGCGGCGGCGGCGGUGGCACCACCCUGGUGCAGAAGCACAUCUAUGUGCAUGUGCCGCCACCAGAGCAGGAGGAGGUGCGUCAGCGCCCCAACCUGCCCGUUGGCCAGUCCCAGAAGCACUACAAGAUCAUCUUCAUUAAGGCGCCGUCGCCACCCUCGUACCAGGCUCCGGUCAUCCCGCUGCAGCCGCAGAACGAGGAGAAGACCCUGGUCUAUGUGCUGGUGAAGAAGCCCGAGGAUCAGCAGGACAUUGUCAUUCCCACGCCCGCACCCACGCAGCCCUCGAAGCCGGAGGUGUACUUCAUCAAGUACAAGACCCAGAAGGACUCCAGCGGCGGCGGCAUUGGAGGAGGCAUUGGCGGAGGCAUUGGUGGCGGCAUUGGCGGUGGUAUUGGCGGUGGCAUCUCCAGCUCCUCUGGUGGCUUCACCCAGACCAACACUGGCGGCGGCUACACCACUGGCGGUGAUGCUGGCUUCGGUGGCGGCGACAGCGGCUCCAUCUCGGCCCCGUCCAGCAACUACGGACCCCCCGGAAAGUCCGGCCCCUACUAAGAAGGGAAGAUCCUCAACCCAUCGAGAACUCAAAAUUGCGAACUUCGAACUCGGCCCAAGCUGCUGACUAGUCCUGUCGUUGACACGCCCCCAAAAACUCUCACUCGAGAACCACAUCAUCCGCAUCACAUUAACCAUCCCAGAGAAACACACGAUCUUCGACCCUGAUUUAUCUCAGACCUGCAUAAACCCUUUACUCUCUAGAGGGGGCGGCGCUUUCGCCCGCGACUUUUGUACAUAAUACGUUUCCAAUUUUCCGAUUUCCACUCAUCCCUGACUCUUCACACCUGUCCAUUCUGCGCAUCUGUACAUUUUCACCUGAAUUUUCAACUGAAUUAGAGUCUAACCUUCAGCCCUGCCUGGAAAAUUCUAUUAGCUAAUAGGCGACGGGGGCGGGUUCCUUGGAUGGGAACCUCCCUUGGCGCCCGGAAGAGCGAAUGAUGAUGACGAUUUGUAGCAGAAGAUGAUUUAGCGGGGCCUGAUGUGCCCCAUACAUAUAAAUAUAUAUUUUAAUUAUACUAGGCUUAAGUACUUUAUGCACAAAUAAAAAAAACAACGGUGACAAAAUUACGAAAAAAACACAAUGGUAUUUU